UCUUGAAUCCUGAGUGUUUGUUGAUAGAGGUUUUGCUGAAAAAAGGUGGCAGACUUGUGUUUUCCUCAUCCCACGAGGAGGUGAGAGUUAACUUGUAGGCUUAAGAAAGAUCUGUAAUACCUCGUAAUUAUCCUAUUUAGCUCUGAAUAUCUAUAAUAGCCUGAAACAUCCAAAACCACCUUGAGUUCUCAGUAUCCUAAUUCCUUUUCUGGCAUGGUCCUUUGCAAAUCUUAUUCGCUGCUCUACUGCGACAAAUAAUCUUUUUUGAAUCGUUGAUACACAUGUAAUUUAUGUAGUUUAUUCUUCUUGCUUUAUUUUUGAUGAAUUUUCUUAUAUUUCAGCAAAGAUUUCAAGAUGUCUGAAAAGUACAUGACGAGGUUUGAUGAGAGGAUGAAAUCUCCAACAUUUGAUGAAAUCGACCGCAGCGAUCCUGUGGCAUUUCAUAAUGCCCGAGAGCGUUGGGCUUUAGAAAGACUUAUUGAAUUGGAAACCGUGAAGAUAUACCAAGAAAGAGUCAAGGAAUGUUACAGAAGAGAAGAAGUCAAUGCCAAACAAUACUGCAGAAAAGAAGUAAAUGACUACAGAAAAUAUUACAACGAGUACAAGAAAAAAGGUAUAUUAAUCUAAAUUUUUGAUAAAUGAGAUGUUUGAUUUAGUCAAAAUUUCGGAAAUGAAAUGGUACACUUUUCUAUUUAAAUACAUGGCAUGUGACCUACAAGAUCAAUUAAAAGUGGAUGUCCUCAAUCAAAUGAAAUAAAUACUCCUGUGAAUGAAAUACAACAAAAAGAGGGAUGCUUUAGGUAGGCUGCAAUUAAAGAAAUCACAGAAAAGAAGCUGAAAAAUUGAGGUUGAUAUCUUGAUAACAACCUUAAAAGAAAAAUACAAUUUGAAUUUAGGUAGAAUGGAAUUGGCCAUUGGGAAACUUGUGCAGGACAAUUUAUGCAAUAAUGCAUUCAGUGAGCAAGACAAAGAAUUAAAUAUUUUAAAUAGAUGGUAUGGAAGGCUAGAUUGCUUCAUUAUCACAUCAAAGACAAGAAAUCAAUACUUUUCUUCCAAUUAACUCUACAGAAUCAAAACUACUUAACAAAUAAACCAUACUCUCCCUAUGUCACAUUUCCUUUUUAUAACAUGCAACUACACUUUCAUUUUCUUUUAACUAAAUGAACUUGGUUAAUCUUAAUUAAAUAACAAUUUGGAAUCCAUAAAACAUGAUUUAACGUUACUGUCAGUCUACAUCAAUAAUAAAGAUGUGUGCAGCAAAGGGAAGUAAAGAAAUGAAGUGACCUUGGAUGUUUGUUUAUCUCCUAUUACAGCUUGGUUUCACACUGAAGGUGGUGACUGGACCAAAUAUAAAGUGGAGAUCAGUGGAGAAUGACAUUUUAUAAUUGCUCACAUACUGAUGGUAAUGAUGCUCUGUAAUGUGUGAUAUCUUUUUAGUUCCUUGAAUGGAGAAGAAGUGAUUUUUGAAGUCUUCUGUACACCUUCCUCUUCUGUGUUUGCACUGUUUUCCAUUUUUCCAGGCAAUUUGGUUGUAUUGUAAAUUGUAUACAUUAAGGGUGAUGAAUAUUUUCACAAGGUAAAUUUAACCUGUUCAGAUCCAUGAACCAGUACACACUGUUGUCAGUGUACC